CAUAUGUUUACGAUUAGUAGGUUUAUGGCACCGACUAAAUAACGUGUGAAGUACUAUAUAGCAACUGUUAAAAAUUUGGAAUCGAUGGUAUAAGUUGGUACAUCAUAUUGUCAUUUUUAUAAGAUAGAGUUCACAUCGAAACAAAUUCGUUUUAUAAUUCAAAAAUAAUUAUUUUUUAAAAGUUCGAGUACUAUUUUUAUACAAAUUUACGAGUAUAUCAGCAAAAAUGGUUCUAACGCCGCCAAAUCAACAACAUCAACAAGCUAUCAAGAAUCUUUACUUCUACAAAGAUCCUAAAGACACAGAAGAAGAUAUUGAUGCUUUGAUCGAUUGGUUGUCUAAGCAACCGCAUUUACCUAAUAUAACAGAUCGAGUAUGGCUGAGACAUUUUCUCAUUGGUCGUAAAAAUAAUUUGCAAAGAACGAAGAAAGUUCUUGAAUCAUACUUCACGAUUCGUGUAGAAAUACCGGAACUUUUCGAUGACAUGACUAGUGAUGCUGCAUGGAUUCAAAAGGCAGUUAAAGUUGGAAAAAUGUCAGUAUUACCAAAAUUGACACCGGAAGCCAAUCGCGUACACAUUAUUCGGUCAAUUGAAAACAACGACGGAGAAUUUGAUGCGAUGGCCAUGUGUAAAGGAUCAUUAAAAACGAUUGAUUAUUUGAUGCGCCGAGAACCCGUUUACGGAUUAGUGUUUUUGCUCGAUCUUAAACAUUGCCAAUUGUCUUAUUUAUUAAGCUUUACACCUACAUUAACUAAGAACCUAAUGCGAUGCAUAGACGAAGCUACGCCAUUGAGAGUAAGAGGUGUCCACUACGUCAAUCCACCAAAGUUUGUCUCGCGUUUGGUGAACUUCUUCAAACUGUUCAUGCCGUCUAAAAUUCAAAACCGAAUUGUCAUUCACGAAACCUACGAUACACUUUACGAACAUAUUCCCAGAGACAUGUUGCCAGACGAAUAUGGCGGUACUGCGGGCAGUAUCGAGAAAUUUGAAAACGAUAUCAUGGAAGCGACAAAAGAGGACGAUGAAUGGUACAGAAAUAUGCCAAAAGCUGAUUUAUCGAAACGACCAAUACAACCGAAAAAGCUAGAUAUGGAUAUGACCGGAACGUUUAAGAAAUUGGACAUCGAUUAAACCGCAAAUUAUCAUUGAAGAAAAUAUAAUGUUGUUCACAGUAGACUAUAAAUUAUUAUACUAGAGACUUGAUGGCCUUAGUGAAUAAUAGAUAUUAAUUCAAAUACCUAAUAUUAAUGCAAAAUGAUAUAUUAGUAUUAAUAGUACACCUAUAUAAUAUUUAAUAAUGUACACGGAUAGAUACGGUAUACAUUAUUUAUGAUUAUACCUAUUUAAUAUAUUAUGUAUUUAUUUAGAUAUAGAAAACAUAAUUAGAUUUUUAUAUUCUAUUGAAAUGUAGUUUUCGACUUGUUCUAUGGUACUCUAUAUAGUAUUCAUCAGUAAAGUUAAACGAAAGCAGUAGAUUCAUGGAUAUAGAUAUUAUUCGAUUUAAUAACUUUGGUAUUAGGUAUAUAUUAUGUAUAAAUUUAAAAAAAAUGUAUUAUAAUGUUUUGAACUAUGUAAUUUAUAGUAUAAUUUAAUAUUUAGUAAUAAAAUAUUAAAUAAAAAAAAAAACAAAAUGUAAUUUUGUAAAACAAUAAACAAUAAAAAUGUCGUAGAUUUUUUA